CAAGAGAUCGGCUUGAUGAGAGACGGAGACUCUCCUGGGCUUCCUCGCUUCGUGGGCAGCAGUUCUGGCAUCCACUUUGUCCGCGCUGUCUACGACAUUCUUGCGCGCAGCAGUGGCCAGCCCUCUCGCGCUCACUCGCAGCUUGUCCCGGGCGAGGACGAUCAGCUGGACGGCACGCACGAGCUCGGGGCCGCGGAAAGCCCUGGUGCUGCGGCUCGCGCUCCCUUUUGGCGAGACGACGAAACCACCUCUCGUGAAGGAAGAGGCGGCGCUGGCAUCUCGCAGCUGACGUUCGAGGAGCUGAUCCAGUGGAGUCAAAGCUAUUUUGAUGUGUGGCACCCGGCGUAUCCUUUCCUCCAGGGCCCAGAGGUGCUCGAGACGCUCGAGCGAGUCGCAGACCACGGCAUCGAAGGGGUCUCGGGAUCCGACGCCGCCAUUGUGCGAUCCAUUAUAUCCAUUUCGCUGGCGGAUGCACGUCAGCUGCCCAGAGGAAAUACACCCCCUGUCCCUUCAGAUCUCUUAUUUGUCAAUCUCGAUCAUGUCGCAUCGAGUGUUUCCUUCGUCCUCGGCAGCCCUGCCUCGCUAAAAAAUCUGCAGGCCGCGUUGGCCGUCGAAUUGUUUCUGAUAUCGAUUCUCAAAUUUAACAUGGCAUCUCGCUUAGGUGGGGUUAUUGUGAGGAUGGCAUAUCAUCUUGGUCUGCAUAGAUGUCCUCAACGGUAUUCAAAUUUCAGCACUCAUGAGGUGAUAAUGCGCAAAAGGAUAUGGUGGUCUUUCUAUUGUUUAGAAAGACUCAUCUGUCAAGUCUUGGGUUUGCCCCUGGACGUGCAAGACGACGAUGUCGAUGUCUGUCUCCCCACGACCGAGUUGCACCGGAAUAGCGCAGCAGCCGUUCACACUCCAGACCUUGGGACUUCGCAACUUCAACUGCUUACUUUGCUAUCAAAGCAUGCACAGCUGCGUGGUAUGAUAUUAGAGCUCCGCCACAAAAGUCUGCACGUCAGAGAAGACAGUAUGGACCGAGCACUAGAUGUACAGGCACGUUUGACCAGAUGGUCAAACGAGGUUCACGAUACAGCCAUGGGCUCUGAUCUAGACGAUGCGCUUAUCUCAGCUGGAAACGGCAGUGCACAGUCGGCCGAAGAUGAUCCUUUUCAGCACUACCAAACCUUGUUGCUGAUUCUCCAUCACGAAUCGACCAUCACCUUGAAUCGACCGCUUCUGGCCAAGAAGCCACCCACGCCCGCUUCUCAGGCGGCUUUGCAGGCCUGUAUUCAGGCCUCUCGAGUGAUUAUCGAAACUCUGUACGAGCGUGGCUUAGGCCCACAACCGGCCAACGCAGUCGAUGUGGCUGCCCGGCCUGUCAUAGUAUGGCCUUUACUUACCUGGUCGGUGUGGAUGAGCUGCUUCAUCCUCACAUAUGCGGCGUUCGAAGGAGUGACUAGCACAGCUUCUGCUUUG